AUGGUGCUUCAGGAGGCUUUGGUUUCGCUACUUGGUCCGUUCACAGUUUCGGAAUCUGUCACGGUGAGCUCCGGAGCGGCUUCGUGUUCGCAGCUGGUUGACCGGUGCUACGUCAACCAGUCGUCGCACACUCCACAGUACGCGACGGCACCAGUUUCGUGCUACCUACAGGUCCCUGCCAACCAGCAAGUGCCGGUUCAGCAGACGCCACCUACUCAGCAAGUGCCGGUUCAGCAAGUGCCGAUGCAGCAAGUGCCGAUGCAGCAGAUGCCUCCUCAGCGAGUGCCGGUUCAGCAAGUGCCGGUUCACCAAGUACCGGUUCAGCAGCUGCCUCCUCCUCAGCAAGUGCCGAUUCAGAAAAUACCGGUGCAGCAGGUGCCUCCUCAGCAAGUGCCGAUUCAGCAAGUGCCGAUGCAGCCGGUACCUAUCGUCCAACAAGUGCCUGUUGUCAAACCGGUACCUCUGGUCCAGCCGAAGCUAGAGCAAAUCUCAAGUAGCUCAAACGAGCAUGCCGCGAUGAACAGGAACAUCCAGUAUGUCGACAGGAAAGCUACGGAUGCCUAUUCGAUUGCUGAGCAUGCCCACCAGAUGGCUGAGCAGCUGACUGAGGCCGAGCGCGGCAACAAAGAAGUCGUUGCGAAGAUAAGUCAUCGUCUGGACGGUUUCGCUCGAGUUGACCAGAGCCAGCAAGAGCAGAUAGACCGUAUAACGGGACUUAGUGUGCGAGUUGACAGCCAGGUUAAGGACAUAGCAGUCCAUGGGAAGCAGAACCAAAACGAGAUCGGUAUUUUGAAGGCCAAGGUAGCCUCUCUUGUAGAGCAACUGGACAGGCAGAAUGACCCUGCGGAAGUACGAGCGAAAAUCAAUGACAUCAAUGCACGCAUUGAGAGCUUAGCAAAGCGUGAUGAGAUUCAGCAAGGGGAGAUUCACGGCGUGUCAGUCAAGGUCGGCGACCUGGCUGAGAGAGAAGCGAAAAUCCACGGUGAGUUCAAGGAAAGGAUUCAACGUCUUCUCGAGUGCAACCUGAAGCAGGAGAAUCAAAUCAAGGGCCUGGCCGGUGAUGAGAGGCGGAGUCAGGAUGAGAUUCAGCUCUUGAAGGCCAAGGUGGCGUCUCUCGUUGAGCACAUUGAAAGUCAGGGCGACCAGGCUGACGUGCCUAUGAAGAUCGAUGAAAUCAUGGAGCAGAUCGAAAGGCUGGCUAAGCGUGAUGAAGUACAGCAAACUGAGAUUCGAGGACUCGCUGACAGGGAAGCGAAGCUCCACAAUGAGUUGAAUGCACGCGUCCAACGUCUCUUCGAAUGGGACCAGAAACAGGAUAAUCAAAUCAAGGACUUAGCCAGUCAUGAGAAGAAGAGUCAGGAGGAGAUUGAGAUUCUUAAGGCCAAGGUAGAAUCUCUUGUGGAGCACCUGGAAGCACAGGAUGACCCGACUGGCAUGCAGAUGAAGGUCGAUGACAUCAUGGAGCAGAUCGAAAAGCUAGCGAAGCGCGAUGAAGUACAGCAAACUGAGAUUCAUGGCUUGGCUGACAGCGAGGCGAAACUCCACAAUGAGUUGAAUGAAUGCGUUCAAA